CCUUGGACUGACACACAAGUUCUUAAUUUGUCAUUAGAAUAUCACAUAAGUCCUUUCACUUGCUUGCUCUUUGUGUACAUCUUUCGCCGGAGCAGCCAGAGCCAUCGCCAUCGCCAUCAGGCCGCUAAUGGCCAGCCGCCCGCCGCUUCUUCUGCAGUACUCGUCGCUGCUGCUGCUCUGCCUUGCCGUCUCGGCGCCGCCGGCCGCAGCCGGCAACGUGCCGGCGCCGGUGGCGGCCGUCUCGAAGCCGGGCUGCCCGACCAAGUGCGGCGCCGUGGACAUCCCGUUCCCGUUCGGCAUCGGCGAGCACUGCGGGCUCGAGGCGCCUUACACAAACUACCCGUUCAAGUUCGACUGCAAGCCCGUUGACGGCACCAGCAAGCCUUUCUUCAGGGGUAUGGAGGUGACCAAGAUCUCCAUGGAAGACGGCAAGGCCUGGAUGAAGAUGAACAUAUCCAAGAACUGCUACAACCAGUCGACGGGCACCAGGGAGGACAACACCAACACAACAUCUGUGAGCUUCAGCCGCUCGCCUUUCUGGAUAUCGGACAGGGAUAACAAGAUCAUCGUCAUCGGGUGCGAAACGUUUUCGUAUAUGCAGAUCAAUAAUGUUUUAACAGGUUGUGUGCCCUCAUGCAGAAACGACCCCAAGGACGGUAUAUGUUCCGGUGAAGCGGGUUGCUGCAAACUUGAUUUCCCCAAUGGCACAUGGUACUAUAGUACUUAUUUCAGUAAAAGAAAUAAUAACAGCAGUCCUUGCAGCUUCAUAACAGUGAUGGAAACCACAACCUUCAACUUCAACAAAAAUUAUUUCAACUCCACUACAUUCUAUGACACAUACAAUGGGUUAGCUAAGGUUUCCCUAGAUUGGAUCAUAACAAUGGAUUCAUGUGAUCGAGUCAAAAGAAACACUACUUCAUAUGCAUGCAUUAGUGGAAAAAGUCGUUGUGUUGAUGAUCCAAAGGGAGGUUACCGCUGCAAGUGCUCUGAUGGAUAUGAAGGCAAUCCAUACGUCAAGGAUGGAUGCAAAGAUAUUAAUGAGUGCCUCGACAAUGCUACUUACCCUUGUCCGGGAAUAUGUAAGAAUACGUUGGGGAAUUUCACCUGCUCAUGCUACCCUGGAAACUAUAUGAUGAAUGGAAUUUGCAUUCCAAAUCAGAAGUCUGGUUUUCCUAAAAAUCUUGUAAUAGGAGCAAGUGUUGGGGCCGUAUUACUAGUGAUUAUAGUAACUUAUGCAUGCUUCAUCAGAGAGAAGAGAAAGCUACAGUAUGUCAAAAGGCGGUACUUCCGCCAACAUGGUGGUAUGUUGCUAUUCGAAGAGAUAAAAUCUCAACAAGGCAUUUCAUUCAAAAUCUUCUCAGAAGAAGAAUUGCAACAAGCAACAAACAAGUUUGACAAACAACAAGUCCUUGGCCAAGGAGGCAAUGCAACUGUUUACAAGGGACUUCUCAAGGGAAACACGGAAAUAGCCGUCAAAAGAUGCAUCACAAUUGAUAUGAAACAAAAGAAAGAAUUCGGCAAGGAAAUGCUAAUCUUGUCCCAAACCAACCAUAGGAACGUUGUCAAAUUAUUGGGUUGCUGCCUCGAAGUAGAAGUUCCGAUGCUUGUCUAUGAGUUCAUUCCAAAUGGCACAUUGUUCUCUCUCAUCCACGGGAACCACAAUCAACACAUCUCCUUGGAUACUCGCUUACGUAUUGCACAUGAAUCUGCAGAGGCUCUUGCCUAUUUACACUCAUGGGCAUCACCACCGAUCCUCCAUGGCGAUGUCAAGUCCUCAAAUAUCCUCUUAGACAAAGAUUAUGUAGCAAAAGUUUCUGACUUCGGUGCUUCCAUCCUAGCACCAACUGAUGAGUCGCAGUUCGUCACUCUCGUUCAAGGAACUUGUGGAUACCUCGAUCCAGAGUACAUGCAAACAUGCCAGUUAACAGAUAAAAGUGAUGUAUAUAGCUUUGGAGUUGUUAUUCUAGAAUUGCUCACAAGAAAGAAAGCAUUCAACCUUGAAAGCCCUGAAGAUGAGAGGAGCCUAGCCAUGAGGUUUCUAUCAGCCAUGAAGGAAAAAAGACUUUCUGAUAUUUUAGAUGAUCAAAUCAUGACGGGAGAUAAUUUGGAGUUUCUUGAAGAGAUUGCAGAGUUAGCAAAGCAAUGCUUGGAAAUGUCUGGUGAGAAUAGACCGUUGAUGAAGGAAGUUGCAGACAAGCUCGAUAGGUUGAGGAAGGUAAUGCAACAUCCAUGGGCACAACAAAAUCCUGAAGAGAUGGAGAGCUUACUUGGGGACUCUUCUUACGAGAUCAACAACUCAACGGUUGAGAAUACAGGAAAUUUCAGCAUCAAUAGUGAACUUCAGUGUCUAGAAUCAGGCCGUUAAAUAGAAGUUUGUUAUAUUGUGUCAUAAAUGUUAUAGUGUAUCAUAGGUUGAAGCACGUAUGGUAUCAUAUAUGCCUUGCUGUAUCUUGGGAAUUGAAAGAAAUUAUAUUUAAUUAUUUAAGUACAGGAUGUAUGGCUUGUCAGUCUUUCAGGGUCGGGGCUGUGAAUCACCAUAAUUAUACAUAUGCAGAUGCAAAUUUUGAUGUAAAGGCAAAGGCAAUUGGCUGCAUCGUCUUGUUUGCUCU